AUGAACCAGAACCCGCAAUAUACCGUCCUAAGAAUCAAGAGGAAGGCGACCGAGCCGCCACUUUCGUCUCUUGUCAUUGAAGAGCCAGGGCGUGCGCGGAAACGACGAGAUGUGAAGCAGCGUGGCGUGUUUAAACUGGCGGACACGGUGCCGGGGACGUGGGAGGGCAGUGGGCAUGAGGCGGACAAGCUGAAGGCGCCGGCGCCUGGACCGGCGUUCGGUGAGGUGCCAUCACCCGCGCCUCUAGAGGCGGUAUCGAAGACGAGCAGCACGGCGGGUAGCAAGCGUGGACGAGCAGAUGAUGACGAGCCAACGCGGCCCGGACCGACACCUUUACCCCACCACCGUGGAUCAUCCAACUCGCGACAAUACCGUGUAGUGCCUCGCGCACCAGCGUGGGAUCCAAACCUUCCCCCGCGCGUCAUCACGAAUGCGGAGAUUGAGGCGGCCAAGUCGGCGCUUCAGUUUAUCGACGCGCAGGCCGUCGCUGAGGAGGGGCAGGAUAAGGAGAUGUCCGCGUUCCAGGAUAUGCUGAACGAGUAUCUGAAAUUGGAGGGGUCUUCAGGGAUCAAGAACGUCAACGACGAUGAUGACGAGUAUGUGUACGACCUCUACUAUCGCGAUAUCAGCGGAGCGACAGCCGAGGGCGCCAACAUCGGUGCUCUGCUUGGUUACGAGGACCUGAGCCCGCCAUCUACGCCGCCGGACAGUGAGCCGGAGGAUGAGGCAGACGAGGACUCGAAUGACGAAGACUUCUACCGCAACGACUAUCCAGAGGACGAGGACGCGGACGAGGACAUGCUCGGCUUCGAUGACGCUUACUCGGAUGGCGAGUGGUCGAAGGAGGACUCGGAGGAGGAGCGCGACGUGUGGGACUACCGAUGA